UCUUCAUAAAAUUAGGCAUAGACUGCGUAGGUCGAUCAAAUUAUGAUUUUUUUAUAUCCUAACCUCACUUUUGUAGAUUAGUAAAUAAUGCUAUAAAAAGGAAUAAAUAUUAGACAAAUUGAAAGAAGCUGACUAAAAUUCAUCUCCCCACCUUAUAUAUAAAGCCAAUCCCCUAAUUUUUUGAUUGCUGAUGUUACUAUCUAAACAUUCCGAGAUUCUUUAACGCACUUUUAUGGUAAAACGGAACGAAUGGCUGACAGUAUUGGUAAAAGUUGUAAAAAAAUACGACUUAAAAAUUUAUAGCUCGCGAAGUUCUUGGAAUCGCGCAUUAAUAUUAUUUAACAUUCUUAGAAAUGAGAAAACUUAGAAUUCACCAUUUUAGUAAUUGAACUCACAAAAUUUCUACGUCUGCAAUUAUUUAAUUAACUAGACCUCAAAAGCAUUUUCUUUUGCAGUUAUAAAGUUUUUAUUGGGACCUUUGUUUAACGUGCCUGAUACCAAUUAUUUUUCUUACUACUUAGCUGAAUUAAUGUUCGUAAUAAUAAUAGAAGGAAUGCACUGCACAGUUGUUUGGUCUGACGUUCUCAUAGUUGAGAGUCGCGCGCUAUUUCUUAUUAAUAAUUAUAUCUAGAUACUCAUAUUAAAUAUGCCUCCAUUUACCUACUAUAUUUUAACAGUGAAGGGCUUAAUUUCAUUAAUGAAGUAUAACUACCUACUUGAUGCAGUCUUGUUGCAUUCAAAGAUGGGAAUUAAAAACAAUAAAUAUUAUAAUAGGUCAAACAAAUUUAUUUUAUUCUGAUGUCUAUAGAAUUCUAUUGAUCUGGACUUGUUUAAUUUUUUAUAUCCGUAAGUUCUGAAGCUUUGAUUAUAUAACUGUCAAUCAAAGCUGUGAAAUAAAGGAAUAUAAAAAUAUAUUAAAUUAAUCUUUUUUUGUACUUCUCCCGUUUACUUAUUUGUAAAAUGGUUUAUGAUUACUUCGAUAAGUAUACAUUUCUUUGCGAAAUGUAUGAUGAAGAAGGGGACGAGAUCGUGGAAUUAGUUCUUAAUUUUUUCCCUUUCGAUAACUCUGUACAAAUAAUUAACACGAAAAAGGGUAAAACUCUUUUGAGACGCGUACAAUUGCCUCCAUUAAAAUUAGAAAUGCUUCAAAUAGGUAAUGUUGUGAACAUAUUUUCAAAAUUACUGCAAAUCACGGACUGUGCACCUUUGACUAGAAGAACUCUUUUUAAAAAUGUGGAAAGUACUUUUGCUUUGAUCAAACCCAUCCCACCAAGCCAACAUGGCAAAAUUUUAACGUUCAUCAUGAAAAACGGAUUUCGAAUUGUGCGUAUGAAAAAUGGCAAGAUCAGCAAGGACUUUGCAAUUAUACUUUACCAUAACAUUUCGGGAAGCAAUAUGAUGCCAAUAAUAAUAGACUACAUCACAAGCGGAGAGGUUAUUGGCCUAGAACUAGUUGCUCCUGAUGCUGUAAAAAAAUGGCGCAAAUGUUUAGGGGCAACUGAGCCAUCAGAAGCUGCUCCAGGAACUUUACGUAAUUUGUAUGGAGAAAAUACACUAAAAAACAUUGCUCAUGGUUGUAAUACUUUAGAGGAUGCAACCCAAAUGUUAGAGCUGUUUUUUGGUUAUGAGAAAGGCAUACCACGAAUACCAUUUAGAGCUACUUUGAAAAACUGCACAUGCUGCCUUAUAAAACCUCAUGCUGUUAUUGAUGGUAAUAUUGGCUCCAUUCUGGAAGUUAUUGCUACAUCUAAAAAAUUCUAUGUAUCAGCCAUGGCUCUGUUUUCUGUUAAAUUGAUGAAUGCAGAGGAAUUUUAUGAAAUAUAUAAGGGUGUUCUGCCAGAAUAUGAAGCCAUGUGCAUACAUUUAGCUGAAGGGAAAUGUGUUGCACUAGAAGUAAAGUCUGAUGAUGCAAGUAUUAACAUUGUGUCUGAAUUCAGAAAAGUUUGUGGACCUAGAGACCCUGAGUUAGCUCGUCAACUGUAUCCUGAUUCUAUAAGAGCUUUAUAUGGAAAAAGCAUUUUGUAUAAUGCAGUCCAUUGCACAGACCUCCCAGAAGAUGGUGAACUUGAAGUGGAAUAUUUUUUUAAAUUACUUGCAAAUGAUUAAUAUUGUUUUAGACAUACUUCUACUACUUUUUAUAUGUAUUUUUUAUAACAUUGUCAUUUCCUUCAAUUUCAAUUUUUUCAUACAUCCAUUUCCGAUUAACUCUGAAAUAAAAAAUAAUUUUGAUUAUGUCACUGAUUCUUUACCUAAAUUUAUAAAAUCACGCUAGAAAACUAAAAUCAUUAUUACCUGCAAUCAAUUCCACAUCUGUUUGAACUGCAUUUAGGACAAGGAAAAUGGCAACCUGGGCAUUUUUCAUCUAAACAGUCGCAAAGAUCUUGCCCUGUUGCACACAGCUGUCCACGGUCAUUAUACAAUUUU